AUGAAUGCCAAUGAAGCAGAGCAAGAAGACACACGAGAAGAACUAGAUUUAGUGUCGAUUGAAAUGCCAAAGGAUGCUGUAAAAGUUAACGAGGCAUACGAAGAAGUGUUUUUAUUGUACACAGAAGGCAAACCGGUGGAAUGGAAACAUAAUCGUGUGGUUGAGCAAAAAAAGGAGUGUGUGAACGUAAUGCUUGAUGACGCACAUACAGUAACGAUAUAUCAAUCACAAUCACUUUUGUCACUUCGUGGUAGCACUGGCUCAGUAUUAUGGGAUCCAAGCAUUUUACUCUCACGCCUCUUUCUUUCCAAAGACGCGCAAUCCUUCUUUAACCUUUCGACAGAGCACACGCAUAUUUUGGAACUAGGGGCUGGUUGUGGACUUGUCGGUAUCACUCUCGCACCCCUAGUAAAAUCAAUUACACUGACAGAUCAACAGAUGGUCUUACCGCUGUUAUGGAAAAAUGUGAAACGAAAUCUGGGCGAGGAUGUUGCAAAUGGAAAGGUAAGUGUAGUAGAAUUAGUAUGGACGAAAGGGAACAAAGAAGAUGGCGGAAUCGAUCGGGAUAUAAUGCGACAACGAUGGGAUUAUGUGGUGGUGUGUGAUUGCGUGUAUAAUGAAUUUAUUGUUGAUAUUUUGGUGGCUACAAUUGCGAGAUGUUGCCGUGCUGGAAGAGGAAAAUAUAAAUUCGAUUAUCAGGGAAAAGGUUUAGACCCCGAUGAACAGGAAGUGGUGCAAAGUGUGAAAAAUACGAUUGCGAUUAUUGCCCUGGAGUUAAGAUCGGAUACGGUACAUUGGUCUUUUCUGGAAGAAUUGGUUAAAAUGUUUUUUGUUUGGCGAUUGCCGGCACGAAUGUUGGAUCAAGAAUUUGAAAAAGGUUAUGUAGUUUAUUUAUGCUGGUUAAAGAAGGAACAUGAAGAAGAACAAUGA